UGAUGAGCGAGAAUUCGAGCAACGGCGGAGGGGCGGCUCCGUCCAGCGCCCAAACCCCGCCCGCGCGCCCACCGCCGCCUCUCUGCCCGCUCCUCCAGGACGGCGAGGAUUACGACGCGUGGGUGCUCGCGGGCGGCCGCCUCUUCCGCGCCCAUGGCUCCGUCCUGGCCUCGCACAGCGCCUACCUGCGGGCGGCCGUGGGCGGGGAGCGCGAGGCGAGGCUGCUCCUGCCGCACGUGCCGCCCGCGGGCUUUGCUGCCAUCCUGGCCUACAUGUACACGGGCCGCCUGCCCCUUACGCCCGCCACGCUCUAUGAGGCAAGCCACGCCAGCUGUUGCAGCGCGAUCGCAGGACGCUCUUGCAAGCACGACUGUUGGUCCCUUCAUACUACUCACUUUCCUUUCUCAGUUCAGCUGACUCGUAAAAUAAAUUGAUAAAUCAUUCUAUAGUUCCUGUGACCGAGUUCUUUCCUCGGCAUUUUUUUCUUCCCCAUAAAUCUUGUCGAGCUUUCAAACAUCUGAUCUCCCUUCUUUAAGAUGUGAGUAAAUCAAUGAUAAGCGGUUCUUGGGUUCUUGGGAACGAGAAAAUUUGUUUGAGUGGACAGCAUUCAUAAACGUUUCAUUCCUACACCAAGACAGGUGUUCAGCUGCAACGUGCCGAGACCGCGUUAACAAGUGUCUUUUCCCGCUUCCCUAAACAGGUGCUGGUGGCGGGGCACCUGUUACAAAUGCCGGGGGUGGUAUCCCUGUGCCAGGCUCUCCUCACAGGCACCAGUGCUAGCCCCAGCGCCGCUGCCAUGCUUGGGGGGAUCCCAGACGUGCCCCCCGCCCUCAGCGUGUGGAGGGGGCUGGCCAGGUUCGUGCCCCCGCAGCAUGUCGCCUCCACUUCGUCUACUUCGUCCUCGACCACCAUCGUCAGACCCACGCCCACCAGACCUCGCCCCCAUCAUCCCAUCAAACACGCUCAUGUAGUCCCUCCAGAGCUGAGUCGCGAGGGGGAAGUCGUGGACGGCCUCGGGGGUGUCCUGGAUGACACCUGCGGGAGUCAGCACCAGGACGGAGUUGGUUCAAUGAGCGUCAACGACAAAUACAUACGACACAGUGCUGCCGUUGGCGAAGGACUCAGAAGUCAGUCGGGGACAGUUAUAAUAGACAUCGCUGCCUGUGACGGGCCCGUUUUCUUUGAGCGUGUCAUCAACAGGGCGUACAAGGCUAAUCCCUUACUGGGUCAUGAUGACUCAGAGACAGAGACCGAAAUUAAUGUGGAAGAGCUGGACUCCGAGCCAGGCUCUGAGACCGCUGGAGGGGAGCACCACAAGACAGGCAGAGAUAUUGCCGGCGACGCCAGCAACUCCUCGGAGAAUUCCAGCCUUACCAAUGCCCUUCAAUUAGAGGCUGCAAGUGGGAUCCUCAAGAGCAACAGGGUCCCAUCACCCCCUGUCCCUAACAACCAAACAAGCCGUACAUACCACUGUGUCUACUGCAACCACACCUUCAAGAGCCACUACUGUUAUCAGAAACACAUGCGCCGCCACAUCAACCCCAUCACAGUCGAGGUGGACAAGCUGCGUGGGAGCAGCCUUCCCUCCCCGGGCAAGUCUGACGCCGUGCAGGAAGCCAGCAGCCGCACCACGAGCGUGAAAGAAGGACGACCGGCAGGCAGGAGGGCCGGAAGCAUGUCCCCUUACAGUAGCAACGGCACAGUUUCUCCUGCGCCUUCAGAGGGGCUCAAGAUCCUAGACCUCAAUGUACAAUACUUCCCCUGCAAGACCUGUGGAUCCAAGUUCCCCAGCUACUACUUCGUGCACAAGCACCGACGGAUGUGUCACCAGGAAGAGGAGACCUCGUCCCUGGGGGAGAAGGGCAGAGCCAAGACCCCCUCAAAGCCAGCACGCACCCCCACCCCCACCACGACCCGUGCUGCCACACCCAAGUCCUCCACCAGCUAAUGGAACUUCAUGGCCCCAGUGUCAGCAGCACCACACCUACGUCUUCUGCAUCAGAGGAUUCUUAAGAGUAUAGACUACCAGUGGCCUCUGCGUCCUUCACAACACUGGAAUUGGCUCAUUGCAGGCUGUUGGUUGACUCUCUAUCUAUCACAUUUUAUACCCUGGUCUUUCUGUUAAUCAAAUAUAGAUCCCUCAAGACUUCUAAUAUAAAGUGUUAUCAAACUAAAUAUUAAUAAACUAGAACAGACAUUCUGCCUCAUCAUUUCCGUAUCCCAAAAAAGCA